AGAACUGACGUUUCGCGCCAGUUCGAAGAGCAGAUCGGCUGUAGGUGGAUUUGGCGGACAAGCAUCGAGAGAUUCCACUGGAAUAAAUACGUCUUUUGAGGAAGCCUCUGACAACUCUGCGCGAACACGUGGCAUUCGUGAAUCCGAAGAUAACUGUUCUGCUUUAAGUGAAGAUCAUCGUUUUAGUGGUACCGUUUUAUAAUAGUGCCGAGAGAUUGAUAUAGACAGUUGCAGUGGUAGUGACAGUGCGAUCCGUGAUAGAUCGAUUGAUAUUGAAACUGUUGAUGAGUCUUAGUGGUUUGUUAGGAUGAGGAUAGGACGGUCAUGCUGGGUGUUACUGACGGUCGUGCUACUGUCCCCGAUCCACGCCGAGAAGGAUGCUGACAAUAUCAACGAUGGCGAGAAAGCUCAGGAGAAGAUUUCGACGUUGCUGAAGGUGGUCGACGAAAAUGGCAAAAACAGAACAAGCAAAGUACGAGAAGUAGUGACAUCCGCGAUGAAGAUUCCUGAAAAGCGCGAACAAAUUGGCGAAGUAAUACCGAUAAUGCGAAGCAUGUCUCCACCGCAAAAGUUGGUAAUGGCAACUCUAAUUUCCUCGAGAAUAUCCAACGACACGAUUUUCCCGCCACUCGAGGAGGCGCAAGCCCUUUUAAGCGAUGGGAAUCAACGCGAAAAUGCGAGCAGAGAACUGAUGCUACCGAUCAACAUGGAUAUAGCGAAGAUUAUAUCCGAGUCCGAUGCGGAUGAGAGCGAUGAGGAUGAGGAAGAGAUGCCCGAAGCGUUACCGGAGGCUCAAGAACUGCGAUUAGUGAUGCCGAAAGAGCGACGGCGACCCGUGUACAUCAAACCAUUGAGACCAGCGAGACUAUCUCCUCCGAACAGAAGGAACGUUUACGCAGGCCAAUCAAGGCCGUCAAUACGGCCGUCUAAACGUCCGAACGAUCCGAAGAGGAGGCCCUCGGAAAACGAAUGCACUUUCUUCACGAAGACGGUGUGUCUCGAGGCCAACGAUUAUCCGCACGAGGCGAUUAUAAGGAGUUUGAGGACCAAUAAGGAAAUGGUUGCGGCAUUGUUGACCGAUUAUAAGGCGCAAGAUUACGGAAGUGCGGAAGAAAAAUUACCGAAUCCUUUGCCAUUGGAGACUAAAUACGAGAACAGAUAUGAGAGCAAUGAGAUUAAAAGAAGAUCCGACAGUUCCUUCGAUAACGUGGAGGAGGGUUUCACCUGUCCGUCGACUGUCAAAUAUGCUCGUCCGCAAUUGGCGAGAGCUGCUUCCGGAGUCUGGAAGUAUAUAAUAAAUACAGGCGAACACACCCAGACGAUACGACUGGAAAAGUGCUCUAAUCCACAUUCGACCUGCUCGUUCAUCUCCGAGAACUAUCGAUCUUCCUGCGUACAAAUUUACAACUAUCACAGACUGUUGACUUGGGACCAGAAAUUGGGAUUGCACAUGGAUAUAUUCAAAGUUCCCACUUGCUGUAGCUGCCACGUGCACGGCUACUCCGAGAUCUUUCCGCCGCAUCAGAAGGAUCCUCCGACGAAGCCCAAGGAGACGUUUCCGGGCGCAGACUUCGUAACGAUCAACGAUCCCAAGGAGGAUUUUCAAGGCAACCUCAAUCACAUCAGCAGCAAAUACUCUCCCACCUCAAGCUACGACUCCAAUCAUGUACCCACCAACAAAAAGGCGGUGCUAGACACUGUCAGCGCGACGAAUAGACCCACCUUCACUCUUCCGAACAGAAACAGACCGAAGAAGCCCUCUCCGAUCCCAAGGCCGUAUGACAAAUUACCGCAGCAGCAUGCGCCUAACACUCGAGCACCAGGGUACAAGGGCCCACUAACUAAGGUCGGUAGACCUAAUCGACCUAAUAGGCCUCCCUUUAGACGAGAGUCCAUUUCUCACGAGGAUUACGCGGAGAGUUCCCGUAACAGCUCAGUCAUCAACAGAUACAGUCAGCCUUAUGACCAAGACGUGGAUGCCACGACGAGGCUACAGAACGGAGGCUUCGACGACGAGUAUCACGAGCCGCAGAGGAGAAUCAACUAUAACUACCACCCUAUCAUAGACUUUUUCAAACCGGAAGCUUCCAUGCUGCAAUCCCCGGAGCCGCAACUCACUGCCCAGCCGGCGACGGUUCAAAGUGACAAUAGCGCGUGGAAGCCGAUGAUAUCUUAGAUCGUAAUGUUCUUCCUUCGGAGUACCUGACAUCCUACUUUAAUGAAGAUUCCAAAUCACGUAUUUCGCGACGUCCGUGUUUCUUACGUUAAUCUCUAUGAUCGUGAGAGAGUAUUAUUUGUUCGAGGAAUAUAAUACAUGGUGCUCUGCAAUAUGAGAUAUUCGUAGCUCAACUAGGUAUCUUUGAGAUUAUUUUGAAUUUAGAAGAUUUAAAUUAAUAAGAAAAAAAUAAGUUUGAAAUUUCUAUUUAAAAUAUUUAGACUAUAAACAGAUUUGAUUUUGCAGGGCAUCUUGUAUAAAAAUUUAAUUAGCUCUCUAAUUUGCUUCCUUUUAUCGUUAAAUCGAUUAAUAGGCAAUAUUAAAUUUCUACGACGUAUCUUCUCGAAAAAUUCCUAUAUAAUAUAAGAAAAAAGGAAUUAGAAUAGAGGAUGUGUUACGUUCGUAAAUAUGAUCUUUCGGUAGAGUAUUAUGGCCACAAUGGGCAGAUGCAAUGAAAAAAAUUGUUUUCUUUAAACGCAUUCAU